UCUGAUUCCACACUUUUUAUUUUUAUUUUUCCUGCCUUAUCCAAAGAGCCUAGGAGUGGGAUGAAUGGGUCUUUUCUGCAUCCUGAAUUAAUCUUAAGUAGAAUUAUAAAGGUAACCCAAGGAUAUUCCUUAGUAUCUGAGCAGCCCCCCCGAAUUUUUCUCUUUUGAUGUUCACUGGUAUGCGUGCCGUAUACAAGAAGGAGCAGGUAGGAUGGUCCUGGAGAAAACACUCAUGGGCGCUGGACUCCAGUACAGAUUAGGGAUGCCCUCUGGUGUCCACAGAUCUUCUCCCCACUUCUUACCUGGAGCAGGAACUUACUCCUCAAAUCGCUGCUUGAUGGAAACUAUCGCGCAGUGGCAAGACCAAAGGUCAAAGUCCACCACUCGAACGGUACCAUCUUGCAAGGCCAGAGGGCCCGACACCCCCGCAGCCAGAACCCCUUCGGCCUCCUCCAGGUUCACUUGACCUGAGGAGCCGCGACCCGCCAACCCAACCCACAUUACACUUGUGGGAUUGGCCGAAGGAGCUUCGUGAUUGGUAGAACGGAACGGGGGCGUGGCCUCAAGUAGAAAGCCGCCUCUGGAUUGGUGCAAAUCAUCACGGGCGGUACCUCCACGCCGGGUAGGCGCGAAAGUCCCAAGUCGCUGCCGGGUAGAAUACGGCGGGAGCAACUGCGCCGCGGCUGAGGGAGCCGGGGAGCAGUUUCGUCCCGAGCAAAGCGCUGGAGAGGCCGAAGUCAUGACGGGCGAAGUCCCUUCCGAGGUUCACCUAGAAAUCAAUGAUUUAAAACUCAUUUCACAAGAAGAAGCAGAUAGUCCUUUCGACAGUGGACUGGGCAGCUAUGAAACAAUUGGACCCUUGAGUGAAGGAGAUUCUGAUGAAGAGAUAUUUGUGAGUAAGAAAUUGAAAAGCAGGAAGGUGCUACAAGACAGUGAUUCUGAAAGAGAAGACCCAAAUGCCUCUCCAGAGAAAGCUACCUAUGACAUUGUCGAAGAGGAAAAUAAAGAGAACUUAUAUGCUGGAAAAAAUGGGAAAGCCAGAAGGAAAUACAAAACUCUGGCAGACAGUGACGAAAGUGACGUGGAGGAGGAAGAGUCUUUGUACCAGGAAAAUCUUGAAACCCAAGUGACAUCUUCCUUAGAGCUGGGCUGUCAAUCUGAAAACCCCGUGGACUUUACAGCUAGUAGAAAGAUUUCCAAAAAACCCAUGCAUGAUAAAGAAGAAACUGAAGGGAAAGCAAAAGUAAAAUCAAAGAGAAGACUGGAGAAAGAGGAGAGAAAGAUGGAAAAAAUUAGGCAGCUAAAAAAGAAGGAAACAAAAAAUGAGGAAGACGAUGUAAAACAGCCAUUUACUGAUAGUGGCUGUCUUCUUGUGGAUGAAGAUCUUUUUGAAACUGGGUUGGAGGAGGAAAAUAACUCUUCAUUGGAAGACGAAGAAUCGCUAGAAUCCAUAAGGGCAGCUGUGAAAAAUAAAGUAAAAAAACACAAGAAAAAGCAACUAUCUUUGGAGAGUGGCAUUUCUUCAUAUGAAGAAGAAAGUGAGUUAUCAAAAGGCACCAUGAGGAAGGAAAGGAAGGCAGCCAAGUUAAGUAAGGAAGCAUUAAAAAAACUACACAGUGAGACUCAGCGCCUUAUUCGAGAGUCUGCACUUAAUCUUCCGUAUCAUAUGCCUGAGAAUAAAACCAUUCAUGAUUUCUACAAACGUAAACCCCGGCCCACUUGGCAGGGAAAUGCCAUGGCCCUACUAAAGUCGUCUAAGUAUCAGCCAAGCCAUCACAAAGAAAUCGCAGACACUGCCAACACAACUGAGAUGAGCAGUGACCAUCAUAGCAAAGAUCCUGAGCCAACAGCAGGUGCAGGAUAUGAAAUGGAAGCUAAUGCACUCCCUGCAGUUUCCAAGGAACUCCAGGUGACCACUGGACCAGAUGAGUCUUGCAGUAAAGAUCUGAUGGUAAGUGAAGAGCCAGAAAUUCCGGAGAAACAGGAGCAGAGGGAUGCUAGACCUUCUCCUGGGGACAGCUCAGUGGCACAGCAGGAAUCCAGCUUCCUUGGGAGCAAGGUCAAUGACGGGUCUGAGACUGCAGGGCAUGUGGCCCCUGAACCUGAUGCCCUGGAGGGAGAAGGCCUGCAAAAAACAGAAGAAGCAGAUGAGAAGGUGGAAGAACCCAGGCAGCAAACCAAAUCAGCGGCAGUCGUGCCGCCUGAGAAAGUGAGGAGGUUCACACUGGAUAGACUUAAGCAACUGGGAGUAGAUGUUUUCGUUAAACCUCGGCUGGGUGCUGAUGAAGAUUCCUUUGUGGUACUUGAAGAACCUGAACCCAACAGAGAACUGGAGGCCUUGAAGCAGCGUUUCUGGAAGCAUGCUAAUCCAGCAGCCACACCCAGGGCUGCUCAGAAGGUAAAUGUGAACAUCGUCGUGAAAGAGGUGGGCACCGACGGUAAGGAAGAGCUAAAGGCCGAUGUGGUACCUGUGACGUUGGCAGCUGAGAAGCUGGAUGGAGUAAGCCACACAAAACCAGGUGAAAAGCUUCAGGUGCUGAAAGCUAAACUGCAAGAAGCAAUGAAACUCCGAAGGUUAGAGGAGCGCCAAAAGCGCCAGGCAUUGUUUAAAUUAGAUAAUGAAGAUGGAUUUGAAGAAGAGGAGGAGGAGGAAGAGGAGGAAGAAAUGACGGAUGAGUCUGAGGAAGAUGGAGAAGGGGAGGAAGAGGAAAAGUUAGAGGAAGAGGAGGAAGAAGGCAGUCACGAGACGGCAGAAUUCCUUCUCGGUAAUGAAGAAGUAGAAACCAAAGAUGAGAAAGAAAUGGACAAAGAAAACAAUGAUGACAGUAGUGAAAUUGGCAAGUCAGUUGGCCUUCCGUCUGUUCUUAAGCCUCUCUCAUCAGAUUCUACCGUUCUCCUAUUUAAAGACAACUCUUCCAAGAUGGAUUACUUUCCUAGUGAAGAAAAAUCAGAAACAGAUGAAAACUCAAGCAAAAGGCCUAACAAACUGGAUGAAGAGGAUUCAUGCUCAUUGCUAACAAAAGAGAGCAGCCACAAUAGCAGCUUUGAGUUGAUUGGCUCCACAAUUCCAUCCUAUCAGCCUUGCAACAGACAAACAGGCCUUGGGACUAGUUUUACCCCUUUAGCAGCAGGAUUUAGGUCGCCUUCCCCGGGGCUGUUUCGAGCCAGUUUGGUCAGCUCAGCUUCUAAGAGUUCAGAAAAGCUGUCUGAGCCUUCACUUCCCAUAGAGGAUUCCCAGGAUCUAUAUAACGCCUCCCCAGAGCCUAAGACACUUUUCCUAGGAGCAGGAGAUUUCCAGUUCUCUUUAGAAGAUGACACGCAGAGCCAACUGUUGGAUGCAGAUGGGUUCUUAAAUGUUAGAAACCACAGGAAUCAGUACCAAGCUUUGAAACCUCGAUUGCCAUUGGCCAAUAUGGAUGAGAAUGCCAUGGACGCUAACAUGGAUGAGCUGCUGGAUUUGUGCACUGGAAAAUUCACUUCUCAGGCGGAGAAGGCUCUGCCCGGGAAGAGUGACAAGAAAGAGAACAUGGAGGAACUUCUGAAUCUUUGUUCAGGAAAAUUCACCUCCCAGGAUGACUCCGCUCUGGCUCCAUCAGAGUUAAAUAAACAGGAGAAGGAGAGCAGCAUGGAUGAUCCCAUGGAAGAAGCACUUGCUCUUUGUUCAGGCUCUUUCCCAACAGACAGGAGAUUGAAGAGAUACCUGGAGGAUGAGGCCGAGGUGUCAGGGAGUGAUGUGGGAAGUGAAGACGAGUAUGAUGGGGAAGAGAUUGAUGAAUAUGAAGAGGACGUAAUUGAUGAAGUACUUCCUUCUGAUGAGGAACUACAGAGUCAAAUCAAGAAAAUACACAUGAAAACAAUGUUGGAUGAUGAUAAGCGACAGCUCCGUUUAUACCAAGAGAGGUACCUUGCUGAUGGGGAUCUGCACAGUGAUGGUCCUGGACGAACGAGGAAAUUUCGAUGGAAAAACAUAGAUGAUGCCUCCCAGAUGGACUUGUUCCACAGAGACUCUGACGAUGAACAGAUCGAGGAACAGCUUGAUGAGACAGAAGCCAGAUGGAGGAAGGAGCGAAUUCAACGAGAGCAGUGGCUUCGGGACCAGGCAGAGCAGGGGAAAAUUGCACCUGAAGAGGAAGAAAUUGGAGAAGACAGUCAGUUUAUGAUGCUGGCCAAGAAAGUUACAGCCAAAGCAUUGCAGAAAAAUGCCAAUCGCACUGUGGUUAUACAAGAAUCAGCACCUUUACUCAGAAAUCCUUUUGAAGCCAUCAGACCGGGAAGUGCCCACCAGCCAAAGACAGGCUCACUGCUAAACCAGCCCAAAGCUGUACUUCAGAAACUGGCUGCCCUCUCUGACCUCAACCCCAGUGCUCCCCGAAAUUCAAGAAACUUUGUCUUCCAUACACUUUCUCCUGUCAAGGCUGAGGCAGCAAAGGAAUCAUCCAAGCCUCAGGUGAGGAGAAAGGGCCCAUCCGUAAUGAGAACGCCUUCACCUAAGCGCCUCAAAACAGGUGAUAGCACUUCAGGAUCGAAGCAGAGCAUCUUCACAUACUUGGAAAGCUAACACCAGGGGGGUGCCAGUGCCUACUUUGAGACUGCUUUGAGAAGUUCUGGCAUUGAAAGUUGGAAUCGAUGCUCACGUGGAUGGGUCUUCCCUUCCUUCAGAAUCGAUGCAUUAAAAUUGCGGACAGAGACUCCAGUUCUUUCCACUGCAUGGCUCUGGACAACUCUUUCCUGUCCCAGUAUUAUUUCCUGGGUUGGCCACUAAUCUUAAUUCUGCAAGGUUUACAACAUUGACUCAUGGGAUACUUGGGUGAAGACUUAGUUCCUUCAUUAAAUAUUUGCCAUUUUAUCCUAA